GCGAGGGGCGCGCAUGCGCACUCUGCUCCAGGUCCCCCUCGAUUGGAGCUCGCGCCGGGCUCUCUCUCUCGCGCGCGCGCGCAAGUGAAAGAGAGAGAGACAGAGAGAGAGAGGUGUAGCUAGGAAGGAAAGAAAGAAAGAAAGACCUAGAGCGCAGAGAGGGAACCUGCGCGGUGACGUCAGGCGGAGCUGUCCCUCAGCACCGGUCCGAGCUCUCUGGCGUCGCGGGUUCGAGGCCGGGUGGAGCAAGAUGGAAGGAACGCCAUGAGACAGGGCUCCACGGAAGCAACGAGGAGCUGACAUUGCCUCAGAGACCUUGCUGAGCCAUGACGUCAACAGUACAGACCCUGCGUUUUCCGCUGCUACCACAUGCACCAGGCCAGGACCGGGCACAUAGUUGUGAGGAGGAGAUUGAGCGGCACUACCAAGUGGUGCCCUCAGUGGUGUGUGCCAUGUGCUGCCUCUUCGGUAUCAUCUACUGCUUUUUUGGGUACCGAUGCUUCAAGGCAGUGAUGUUCCUGACAGGCCUGAUGUUUGGUUCAGUGAUCAUCUUCAUGCUGUGCUACAAGGAGCGGGUACUGGACACUCAACUGAGUGUGGAGGCCUCUGUGGGCAUUGGGCUGGGCAUCGGCGUGCUCUGUGGGCUGGUUACCAUGCUGGUACGCAGUGUCGGGCUUUUCAUGGUUGGCCUGCUACUAGGACUGCUGCUGGCUGUGGCCACCUUGGUGGUGAUGGAGCAGUUCUACCACCCGCCAACUGUCUGGAUCCCCAUCGGCUUGCUGCUGGGCAUGGGCAUGUUAUGUGCCGUGCUUACCCUACAGUGGCAGCGACUCUUCACCACGCUCUCCACUGCUGUCUUUGGCAGUGCUGUCAUGACUGCCACAGCUGACUACUUUGUCGAGCUCUUUCUGUUGCUGCAAUAUGUAUAUGAACGCGUCAAGGUGGCGCCCGCCCAGCCCAUCUGCUGGUACAGCUGGGUCAUCCUGGGUACUUGGCCCAUCCUGGCUUUGCUGGGUGUCCUGGUGCAGUGGAAAGUCACCGCUGAGGGAUACUCGCACACUGAAGUGAUUAUCAGUCGGCAGCAGCGCCGUGUCCAGUUGAUGCGGAUCAAGCAACGGGAGGAGCACAAGGAGAAGAAGAAGAAGAAGCGGCCACACCCCCAUCCUCAUGUGCAACACAAGGCCCAUCCACCAGAGCCUGCCUACCGUCGCAAACCAAACCCUGUCCGCCGAUUUGAUGGGGAUGUGCUCUCUCCAAGCUACAUACAGAGCUUCCGAGAGCGGCAGACAGGUUCCUCUCUCAACAGUCUCUUGGCCAGCACUCAUGCUGCCAUUGACAUAGAUUAUGACUGUGGUUCUACUGUGCCCCUGACAACGGGCUCUGGCCCUGCAAUGCGGGUAUAGUCCAGCACCUCUCACCAGGACACAAGGACACUGUCACCAGUGGUCUCAAGGUUCAGGCCACAUGGAUAUAGCUUAGCAUCUGUGUUACCAUCAGGACUUGGGAGAUGCUCAUCACUGGCAUUUGUGAGCCAGUCCUGGACAUGCAGAGGUAGCCCAGCAUCUCUCAAGCUGCAUAUAUAUGCGGAAUUCCUCCAGUGCUACAUUGACUCUGACCAAGCCACCAUGAAAUAAGGGGCAAGGGAAGAGUGUGAGCAAGAACUUGGGGCAAAGGGCUGACGAGAGACCUGGUUAUAACCCACCCAGAUCACAAAUGUGGAAGAGAGGAUUUGGUGGAAGAAUCAGCAUGGUCCUAUGCGGCUAUGAAGGAAAGAACUGAUCACAUACAGCCACUUCCACAAAACUGACAAGAACCUGCUGUUGUUUCCCACCCACCACUGCCGGUGUGACCCAUAAACAGAGGGACCAUGCAGUGUUUCUGUGCUAUCUCACCACAUGAUGGACCCAGUCUUUAUCCUGGAAUAUGUCUUUGCAUGAACUGGCCCAAGGGGCUAUCUUCGGGGUGCAAGUGCCCGUUGAGUAAUGACAGUGAUAGGAUUUGAUUCAGUUCACUCCAGUCUGGCUGGAACUAGCCAGCUCAGGGAAAUGGGCUUCUCUGGCCCUGGGCCCCUUGCCCAUACCAGUGCCUGGCUUUCUGUCUCAAAGGGUGAUUCAAGAAGGGAAGGGAGGAGGGAGGGAGGGAGGCUGGGCUGGGCUGGGUAAUUGUCCAAGUGUGCAAGCGUGAGUGUGGUGGAACUGGAGCAAAUGUGGCCAUUCGACUGGUAUCCAGGCAAUGAGCCUUUCUGAGGUCCCCUCCUUCUCCUGCUGCCUAUUUACUCUGCUCCUCAAUCUGGAGAGUGGGGAGAGUAGUGAGGAGCUUGGAAAGGGGGAGGGGGAAUACCCAUGUACAUAGUCUUGUUUGUAUUUGUAUUAAUUUAUUAUUGACAAAGUUGGGCCUGAAGAUAUCUGCUGGACCCAGAGGGACCAUUGGAAAGAUGGGUGGAAAGCAGAAAAAUGGAUUCCUACAAUCCUCUUCCUCCUCAGGCCCAUAUCUGCACUUACCCUAGCUUCACAGGACUGGGGAGGGUGGGGAGAUGGAAGUUUUUUCCCUAGGAAAGCCUUAUAUUUUGGCUUUUGUCUGUGGGUGAUCUCUCUGUGGGGUAGAGAAUGAGUCUCUUGCUGUCUACAUCUUUGGAGAGGAUUGGGGGAAGAAUUAAUUGGCCAUCAAUUUCAGGGUGGGAUGGGGAGAAUACAGUGCAGUUCAGCAAGGCCUCUUCUCCAUGGAGAAACUGCAUGUUUCUGUCACCAAUUGCCAUUGUUGUCACCACAGAAACCUUGCACUCUUGAUUUUCUUUGUUUUGUCUUUCUCUUUUCUUUUUUUGUAUAUGUGCCAAACGCUGGCCAGCUGUGGCUGCGCAAGUAAAAAAAAAAAAGAAGCCUUUCA